AUGAAUUCUUCGUUCUACGUGCCAUUCUUCGGCAUUUAUUACAAAUUCUAUAUUAUUAUCGGCAUCUCGCUACAAUCCGUUCAGCUAUUUCUCAUCUUUAAAAAAUCAUCAUCAGCAAUGAAUCAUUUGCGAAUUUUUCUAUACAACACAAGCACAGCCCAAGUGUUCGUAUUAUUCACGACAUUCAUUUCGCAGCACAGGCUUCUACCUAAUUUGAACACCACUGCCAUCCUUUCAAGUGGACCAUCAGUAUGGUGCCCGCCAACUAUUCGUUUUUCUUUAUAUCACAUCUAUACAGCAAUAUCAACCCUUGCAGGUGUCGGAGUCAGUAUUACCGUAUUCUACAGAUACCUGGUCUUGAAGGGAACUCACAUGGAUUACAAGAAAAUAUGUAUAAUCGUCUCAACAUCCUAUAUUGGCCCGCUUAUUCUCCUUCUGGUCCCAUUCCUUGAUAACUGGGAUUUUGAAAAGGUCCGAACCGCCACCUACAUGGAGCAUCCCACUUAUGAGUUUGCCAUAUAUGAGCCGAUAACUGGAUUCGCCAACACGAGCUCUCCGCAAUUUAUUCUCGGCACCUCAAUCAUCGCGUUGAUUGCAUAUGUGAUACCGGUGAUUUGUGCACUAUCAACACGCCAGAUUCUGGUGCUCAUCGGCCAGCAGACCAAUAUGUCAGCAAAUACCAAAAAACACUCAAAAAAUUUGAUCUACGGCCUAAUUUGUCAAACUUUGUUUCCCAUAAUUUUCUACACACCGAUAUUUUCGUGCUACCUUUACACACAAGCAACAGGCAACGGGAUUUUGAUAACCGAACACUUCUACCUUUCCUUAUCAAGUCUUCCCGCUCUUGUGGACCCAUUGGUCUCGUUCUACUUUAUUAUCCCAUUCCGAAAAUACAUUCUCAAAAAGAUCGGAAUGCGAAAUCAGAAGGCGUACAUCGAUAAACGCGGAAUCACGAGCUCGUUUGCUAUUCGUGUCGAAUGA